CAGAUAGAAACAAUUAGAUCGCUCAAAGAUAAGAUACCUAAGUAUAGAAUUAUGAGAGAUUUCCAUAUUAAUGAACAUCGAGUAGAUGAUAUAUGGAAAGAUCGAAAGCGGCAACAACAAAUAAUACAAAGUACCAUUUGCACUGAAAUAUUACCUAUAUCUACAGCAAUUUCAUCUGAAAAUUUUAAUCAAAUCGAAAGAAAGACUUUAUAUCCAGAAUCUACCACUCCUCUUAAUGCAGAAAUAAAAAAGAGAAGUUCCAAAUCUCGGUCUAAAUCUGUUCGCAUAUCCGAUCGAAUACCUACUAAUAACUCUGAUGUAGUAAUAUCCACACUUAAUGAAAUAGAAAAAAUAAAUAGUGAGGAUCUGGAUGCAUUAUAUGAAAAAGAAGUCAAAAGAGAUGAGAAAAAUAAAGCGAAUAUGAAUCGUCUAUUAGUUACUUAA